AUGGCAACAUCACUCACAAGGAUCGUUUUGGCGGACAUCGAGGCAAGCGACCUCUGUCCCAGGGAGCAUGAGCUUGGGACGUGUGGCUUGGUGGCCUUGCAGACCCUGGUGGAUGGGCUACCGUAUGGCAGGCCCUCACAGAGCCAAAGAAGCUUCCCAGGGCCACGCUGGCCUUCAUUCACCCUCCAGACUCCCAGUUUCUAUCCAGGCAACUCCGAACUUACGAUCAUGCUGGUGGAUGCCGACCCCCUUCAACCGCGUGUAGGAGCUCCCUUCUGUUUCGGUUAUGUGCGGCUCAAAGAGGAUCUUGCACCGUUGGCCUACCAGCACCGGCUCUCCUUCCGGCAAAGUCUUGAAGGGGCUCCUGGCCGAUACGGGGUGCUGAGCUUUCAGGUUUGCAGUGUCGCCGUCGGCCCAGGUCCGCUACCGCUGCCCGAAGAUGCGGAGUUGCCCGACCUGUCCCACCCUUUGGACUGGUGUGGAGUGUUACGUUUUUCUCCGGAGAUCAGGGAUAUGCCUCGAGGCCACUGCGGUUUGUGGACCCUUGAAGCCGCUGCAGGACCGCCUGAUGACCGAGGGCGGUUGUGCCCUUCCAGCAGUUUCGUGAGCUGGCACGUGCAAGAGGAGGAGGAAGCGGGACAUCAUCGUAAGUGGAUGCAUUGGCGACAUCAACAGCUGUUCGUGGUGGAAAGAGAUCUCCUCUUCAGCAUUCGUGCGACAUGUCAGGAGGCGGGCUGGGAAGGAAGCUGCAUCCAACGCCUUUCGAAGAUGAGGGGCCCAAGAGGGCCAUGCAACAUGUUUACGGAGGCACAUCCAGACCCGGUACUGCUCAAGAUGCCCGGCACAGAAGUCUCCGUCGCCAUGCACCUCCGCUUCUUUCCUGCAGAGUUCCUCAGACCGCGGUCGCGUGCCGGUGGCAUUAGCAUUCGCAUUACCCUGUUAGCAGCGCCACCCAUCUUGCAGCUGCCGGUCGCGUUAAGCGUGCCUUCCGGUUGCUUCUCCUUGUCCGGAGACAAUGCAAAGGACACGAUCUUCCACAUCUGUCGCAUUGGGGAUUGCACGGAGGUUUGCCUUUCAGACCCUCUUCGGAUAGUGGGCCGAUCUGUGUGGAAAGUUUCAGAAAUCGGCAGAGACCGAGAGGGAACUACCUCGGAUGACUUGCGGCCCGACCCGGACUGUCUUGUGGAUAUCCUAGCGCUGCGGCUGCGGGCCGGCGACGACAAGGUUCUCACGCUGCCCUUGGGAGACCAUACGAUUGUGCUGCGAUUGUGCUUGAGAAUGCUCCACGUGGAUGUUGCCCGACCUGUCUUGGGCGUAUGCGUUCCAAUGCAAGGGGCCGAACCCGUGGAGGUGCAUGGUGGACACGGCUUUGGGCAUUCGGGGCAUGGUGAGGUCGUUGGAAUCUUCGUGCAUGCGUUGGCAGUGCACUCGCCUCAGGUGACCUGUUGUUUGCUCUGUGCGGGUCCUGAAGCGGCCUCGGUUUUUUAUCCUUUGCCACACGUUGGAGGCAAAGUAUUUGUGCCAGCACAGCCAGACGGCCGCGGCAAGGUGAACAUCCUCGCAUUCCUGCCAGAAUUCGGCUGUCAUGCUGCAGCACAGACAGCUGUUGGUGAUGGUUGCCUGCAGCUUCACUGGCGUUUCUCGGAUGGUCGGGCAACAGUUGUUGCUGCUGCCUUGGUGACCUUCGCGCGCUGGCCGGCUGAGGGAUGCUUUUCAGCCGCUCACAUUCGCCUUCGCGUCCUUCGGACUCAGAUCCCAGAGCAAGCGUUACCUCACUUGGCUCCGUUGACCUUCUCUGUUGCGGGGGGCUCGUUCGAGUGGAGCGGGGAGGACGGCAUGCCCCACGACACCGUGUUGUCCCUGGCUGGGCCAUUCGGCGAGCCCGGAGCUUUAGAGGUGCGCAGUGGUCAAGCCAUGUCGACUCUGGUGUUCCUGCCAGAGCUGAUGUCCGCACAAGCCGGCCCGGGCUGCGCGGGCCAUCCGAUGUCCACCCAAGCGGCAGAUCGGAACCAGGCGGCCGAAAGACAGGAGCGCCCAAAGCACAAGAAGAAGUUGGCUUUCGAUGAAGGGCAAGGGGCGCUGGUUGCCGCCUCUUCCGACAGCGAGGAUUCACAGAGCAGCAGCCGAAGCGCGACUUCCAGCCAGGAAGCCGAGACUGACGGCACAGUGCCGUCCCAGCUGCAAAUUGCUUCCAAGGCUGAGGCCGGCGCCAGCCAAGCCACUUUGUCACUUCCCACUCUGGUCGAGAAGGAGCAAGGUGGUUCCUGUGCAUUCUUCUUUCUGCCCGUUCGGAUGCAGCAACUCGUCGAAGGGCCCGUGCAAUCCUCGGAUGCUACCUUCAAAAGGCUUUCCAAAGGGACCGACGCCCAGACGAACGGCGGGGUCAUCUUGCUUCAGCAGGUUUCCGUCAUUGUAAAUCUGGCAGACGCACAUGCGGAUAGCACGUGCCAGGGCGUUUGGGAUCCCGUCCCUGCCGUCUCCUUGGCAGCUAGCGGUAGUCCUGGAGUGGCGGCACGAUCCCACUGCAAGGCAAGCCCGAAGAGCCGGCAAGGCGUUGCCGCCUCUUGGUCUCCAGUCCCAGAGCUUGGCCGUCAGAGCCCGCCACACAUCCUUCGCGCCAAGUUCGUCGUCCAGAGCGAGCUGGAGUUAGAUCUCAAUCUUGAGUUGCGAUUCUGUUGUACAGCUUGCAACCGAGCCCUGACGCUUACCGCGCGUGGGAAAGUACAUGUGUCCACUUUAUGGCGACCCUUUGACGUUCACUUGUCUUUUGAAUCCGGCAGUGGUGCACCUGCAGCAGGAUCCCGGGGCGCCGCCUUUGCUCGUGUCAUCCUUUGCCCCUCCAUGCUUUGCAACCCCACAGCGGGCUUGCUGACACUUGAAGUGCUUCCUCAAUACCCUGGAGGACCAGGGGUGGCAGAGCUGCUGGAAGCCUCGGAAGUGCAAGAUGAAGCACACGCUAUCCACGACAAACCUGCUGGCCUGCGGCUGCUCUUGGACACUGAUGGCAGUCCUGCGCUGAUGCUGGACGGAAGGAUCCAGGAUCCGGCGGCAGGGCCUCGGCAACAGCUUUGCGUCGAGGUAUCUUCGAAAGAUACAAUGCAGAAUGUCCUGCUUGAGAUGCAGGCCCUCUCCGGUGCUCGGCGGAUGUUGGUUUCUGUUUGCCUGGCGGCCCUCGGGCCUCUGGGAGAUGUCCCUGUGUUGGUUCACCACCUUCAUUUUGGAUCGAGGUGCGGACUGGCUCUCCUGGCGACUUUCGAAGCUCGCAGACACCAGGUCGAGUUGCGGGACUCCGAGGCGUUGAAACCUCUGUUGCCGCCUCCCAUUGUUGAGUCCAAGACGUUCUCCGGAGACACUGACAAGGAGCAGAAAAGCCGCAGGCUGGCCGAAGGCCUCCGUCAGCUGCCCCGACCCCGGGCUUUCGUCCCACGCCCCGCUCGCCAGCAAGCAGAGCAGAUCGGCCGCAGGCGAAGCAACUCGGUGGAGCGUGUGGUCUCGCACCCCUUCCUGCUCGGUUACCACUGGUACAGCGGUGCAAUGUCGAUCUUGGAGCUGCGCCGGGGAACAUCGGAGAUUGCAGCACUCGGCAAGGCCGCGGUGGCGAAGCUCCAAGCCUUGCACAGCCAAGAGUUGCAGCCGGGUAUCGUCACAUACAAUGCGCUGCUGCAUGCCUUGGACAAGGGCUCGCAGGCGGCAGGAAGCUUGGAGCUCUUUGCUUCCCUGCCUUCCUUGCAGCUGCAGCCAGACAUGGUGACCCUCUGCACAGCCGCCACCUCCAGCAGCCGAGGGCUUCAAUGGAGCUCGGCCCUGCAGAUUCUCGCUCGGGGAGGUCAACAAGGACUGCAGGCGAACACCUUCACAGGCAACGCAGCGAUGAGCGCCCUGGAGCGCGGAAGCAACUGGCAGCUGGCAGCCUCAAUGCUUUUCCAGGCUGUGGAAAGUGGCCCGCAGCCGGACCGCAUUUCAUUCAACACUGUCAUCACAGCCCUCGGGCGCAGCAGUGAAUGGCAAGCAGCCUUACGGCUUCUGGAGGACUUCAAGUCCCAAGAGCUGGAGCCGGGUGCCAUAUCGUUCAAUGCUUCCAUCGCAGCAUGUGCAGGCACCGGCGAUGAUGCAGAUGCCAGUCAGUGGCAUUUGGCGCUGUACCUGCUGAGGAGAGGGCAGAGCUUCAUUGUGGACUUUCCAAAGUUGGAAGCCUGCUCUUCCUUGCUGAGCGCAUGUGGCAGGGCGGGCCGCUGGCAAGCAGCACUCCAAGCAUUUACCGGGAUGUACUACUGGGGCCCGCGACCAGAUGUCGCUGCGUGUGGGGCACUGCUGGAUUCCUUUGCUCGGGCCGGGCUUUGGGAGCAAGCAUUGCAUCUUCUUCACAGGAUGAGCCUCAGCCUCAGCCGCUCUCUCGCCCUUCCAGAGCCGGACAUGGCAGCAUACACUGCGGUCAUGAGCGCAUGCGCUGUGGCCUUCAAGUGGGAGCAUGCCGUGUCUUGUCUGCAAGAUAUGCAUCAUCGGCUCGUCAGGGUCAGCGUGGCCGCGUACAACGCGGCAGCAUUGGCAUGCGAACGAGCAGUCCAAGUUCGGCCACUUGUUGACCUCAUGAACGGUAUGAAGACGGGUCGACUGCAAGCGGAUGCUAUCACCUAUCUAGCUUUGACCAGCGCGUUAGGCAAAGGACAGCAGUGGCAACAGGCCCUGGGAGCCCUUCACAGCUUGGGCUGCUUAACCGUGCAGCCGUCGAGGAAUCUGGUCAACAGUGCAAUCACUGCAUGUGAGAAGGGGCAUGCCUGGCUUUCAGCAGUGUCAGUUUUUCGAGAGCUGCACCGCUUAACUAUCCAGCCAACCGUAGUCUCCAGCAGUGCAGCAAUCACUGCAGCAGCCGCUCAACAGGAAUGGAAACCGGCAGUCCGUUUGCUUGACGACAUGAGCUCCUGGCAAGUGCAGCCUGACGAGAUUGCGUGGAAUUCGAUGCUGGAUGCAUCCGAGCUUUCAUCGCAAUGGACCCUGGCGUGCGAGCUGCUAGCCAGGAUGGCGUUAUCCAUCAGUACUUUGGCACUGCUGGCCGCAAGCGGUGCCUCCGAAGGCGCGGAGCACUCGAAGGCUCUGAUGCCUCUCCUUGCACAACUGAGAAGCCAGUGCAAAAAGGACUUGAUGCACGAAUCACAGCGACGGAACGUUCGAGCUCAGGAAGAGCCCAGCAGCUUGUCGCAUGUGUUAGAGGCACACGAGGUGCUGGCUGCCCAUGGCGCGGCCUCUUCCGAGCUUCAGCUGGGAGUGGCCACGGCAAUAUUCCGGCCCUGCUUGAUAUCUUUGCGGAGCCUAUGCGACUACGGUGCCCGGUCUCCAGAAGCAACGUCGCAACUCUGGGAGCCUGUGCUGGAAAGGCAGUUCAGCCUAGGCGUUGUCUUCACCCGCCUCGCCCUGGACAAUGUCGCCAUGGCGGAACGGCCACAAGGGUGCAGCUGGUCAAGUUGGUCCAGCACAGCGGCGCAUGCGUCGAGGUACGUCUCCCGCCAGCUUUCCGAUGACAAGACGCCCUCGGCAGAGAGCUUGGCCGGAUGGUUGGCUUCUUCCUUGGUGAUGCGAGAGGGGAGAACAUGGAGAAAGAUCAAAGGCCUCGUCCUCGGAUAUGGCGGCGACUCCGAUGAAGUGGGGCCGCUACGGCCCGUUUUCGUGCAACAUGACAGAUCCAGGCACGCAGAGAGGCUGGCGCUCAAGCAACUCGUCACAUCAGUCGCGAAGUGGCGUGGCAUUUGUGGCAGUGCCAGUUGA